UAGGUCGACCUGAAAUUUAUCGAUUUAAUUUAAUUUUAUUAUAUUAUAGCUGUUAUUUAAUGGUAAAUUGUAAUUAACAUUGUAAAUUAACUUUACACGAUGGCAGAAUUACUGCUAGAUCCCAAUAUACGAGGAUGGGUAUUUCUUCCCAUAGUAAUAAUCACCUUUUUAGUUGGAAUUGUUCGACACUAUAUUUCUAUUAUUCUGUCGUCCCAAAAGAAGAUCGAACUAUUACAGGUUCAGGACAGUCAAGUGAUGAUCAGAGCGCGGCUGCUGCGCGAGAACGGCAAGUACCUCCCUCGGCAGUCGUUCGCGAUGCGCCGCCACUGGUUCAACAAUGAGGAAACCGGCUAUUUCAAGGUGCAGAAAAGGGCCCCCGCGUCACAGAACCCCAUGACUGACCCCAGCAUGAUGACAGACAUGCUGAAGGGCAACGUGACCAACGUGCUGCCCAUGAUCAUCAUCGGAGGCUGGAUCAACUGGAUGUUCAGUGGUUUCCUCACAACCAAGGUGCCCUUCCCGCUGACGCUGCGCUUCAAGCCGAUGUUACAGCGCGGCGUGGAGCUCAUGUACCUGGACGCCUCCUGGGUGUCGUCGGCGUCUUGGUACUUCCUCAACGUGUUCGGCCUCCGGACCAUCUACACACUUGUGCUUGGGGAGAACAAUGCCGCUGACCAGUCAAAGAUAAUGCAAGAGCAGAUGUCAGGCGCCGCCAUGGCGAUGCCUCCGGACCCAAAGGCCGCGUUCAAGGCCGAGUGGGAGGCUCUCGAGAUCACCGAGCACAAGUGGGCGCUCGCAAACGUCGAGGCUGAACUUCUCACAGAGUCCAAAUAG